UUUCAGUGGUUGGAACUCCCGGCAUGGAACUGAACUGGGCUGAGUUGAGGAAACUGUAAGGUUGCCAUCACGAAAGCCAAAGUGGAUUUCUCCAGUGUGCUGUGCCUGCCCCCUUCCGUCAUUGCUGGAAAUGGGCUGGACGGAGGAGGGGCUGGCGAAAAUGAGGAUGAGACAGUGCUGGUAUCUCUUUCGGCGGCACCAAGUCCUCAGAGUGAAGCUGUUGCCAAUGAGUUGCAGGAGCUCUCCUUGCAGCCCGAGCUGACCCUGAGCCUCCAUCCUGGUCGAAACCCUAACCUUCCUCCACUAAGUGAGAGGAAGAAUGUUCUGCAGUUGAAGCUCCAGCAGCGACGGACACGGGAGGAGUUGGUUAGUCAAGGGAUCAUGCCUCCUCUGAAAAGUCCAGCUGCAUUUCAUGAACAGAGGAGAAGUUUGGAACGGGCCAGGACAGAGGACUACCUGAAACGGAAGAUCCGGUCCCGGCCAGAGAGAUCAGAGUUGGUGAGAAUGCACAUCCUGGAAGAGACAUCUGCUGAACCUUCCCUGCAAGCCAAGCAGCUGAAGUUGAAGAGGGCCAGAUUGGCUGACGAUCUCAAUGAGAAGAUUGCCCAGCGGCCAGGUCCCAUGGAGUUGGUAGAGAAGAACAUUCUGCCAGUGGAAUCUAGCCUGAAGGAAGCUAUCAUUGUGGGGCAAGUAAACUACCCAAAAGUAGCAGAUAAUUCCUCCUUCGAUGAGGACAGCAGCGAUGCCCUGUCCCCAGAACAGCCGGCCAGCCAUGAAUCCCAGGGGUCUGUGCCAUCCCCAAUGGAAGCUCGAGUUGGCGAGUCGCUUCUCACCCCCACAGUGGUAUCACCUGCUCAGGUUGCAUCUCAAUUAAAAGCCAGUGCAGAUCCCUGUGACAAUCCUUUCCUGCCUGAGCACCCACCAACUCCCCUGCCACCGCUGCCACCUCCGGUGCCGCCUAAUCUCACCAAUGGAGUUGCCACUCCUGCUGCCAAACCACUUCCAACCCUUAUUAAGCAAAGCCAGUCCAAGUCUUCCUGUGAGAAAUCCCAGCGCAGCAAGAAAUCCAAGGAGCCGAAGCCGAAAGUCAAGAAACUGAAAUACCAUCAGUAUAUUCCACCAGACCAAAAGCAGGACAAAGGAGCCCCUCCCAUGGAUUCAUCUUAUGCCAAAAUCUUGCAGCAACAGCAGCUCUUUCUGCAGCUCCAGAUUCUGAAUCAGCAGCAGCAACAGCACUACAACUAUCAGACCAUCUUACCAGCCCCACCAAAGCCUCCUGGAGAGCAGCAGAGUGGCAGUAGUGCCCCACCCAUGCGUAGUCUCUCUGCAGCUGUCAGCAGCACCUCUUCUGUUUCUUCCAGUUCUAACGGGUUGACGCGUCAAAACAGCAGUGCUCCCGCAGGCAAGCCAGGAACUCUCCCUACUAAUCUGGAUGACAUGAAGGUGGCAGAGCUGAAGCAAGAGUUGAAGCUGAGGGCGCUUCCGGUGUCAGGUAACAAGACUGAUCUCAUUGAGCGGCUCAAGACCUAUCAGGAGCAGAAUGGUACAGCUGCCCACGCACCCACCACUCCAAAGCCCAACACAGCGAUCCUCCCCAAAGCUGCGGAAGUGGUGGUAGCCUUCCCGGCUGCUAGGCUGGGCACGGGGCCGGCACUGGUGAGUGCAGGCCUCACUUCAGCAGAAGUGGUGGUGGCCACAGUGGCCGGCAAUGGCAUGAUGAAGUUUGGCAGCACAGGCUCCACUCCUCCUGUGUCUCCGACCCCCUCUGAGCGCUCGCUGAUGAGUGCCGGGGAUGAGAACUCAACCAGCGGGGAUGCCUUUGGGGAGAUGGUGACCUCUCCUCUGACUCAGCUCACCCUACAAGCUUCCCCGGUGCAAUUUCUGGUGAAGGAAGAGAGCUCCAAAGCCACCAGCUGCAGUUCAAAUUCAGUGUCACGGGUAGAGCCCUGUGUUAACCACAGCAAAGACACGGAGGCCCAGGACAAAGACCAGAUGCUGCAAGAGAAGGAUAAACAGAUUGAGGAGCUCACACGCAUGCUGAAACAGAAGCAGCAGCUAGUAGAGAUGCUGAAGCUGCAGCUGGAACGAGAGAAACGGUCUCAGCAGCCUCUGCCGGCCAUGGUGGUUGGGGAGGAAGGUGCAGCUCCAGCCCCUGAGCCAUCAGCCUUUGGCACCCCUGUCAAGAAUGAAAAAGGUUUUGUGAGUUGCCAAUCUAUGGGGCAGCCCAGCUGCCCAACUGACCAAGUAAAACCCAUUCAGACCACUAGCCAAAUGGACACCUCGGAUUCAAGCUCUGUGCCAAAGAAAGCAGUGAUGGUGAAGCAGGAGGUCCCAGAAGCUGCAAUUGAGUCAUCAUGUCAAGCCUCCCAUUUUUUCCUUGGCCAGCAAAGUGGAAGCUUCAGUGACCUCAUCAAAGGAGUGCCUCCCCCUACCCUCAUCACAGAUUCCACUGGCACUCACAUAGUGCUCACAGUGACCAAUCAGAAUGCUGAGAGGCAGGGCCUCUCACAUCAGGAGAAGGCGGGGAAUGGUUCUUUGCCACAGAAGAGAGUCUCAUCGCCUUCUCCGAAAGCAUCUAUCCAGCAACCUUUAAGCAGCUCUCAACCUUCUGUGCAACAGGCACAAAGUGAACCUGUCAAGAAGGGCCAAAAGCCAAGUCUGCCAACAGUCACUAGGCAGUUUCCUCAAACAGUCUUGUCUUUUUCAACACCUCCCAACUCGCAGCCCUUCUACCUAAAUGGCUUCCACAAAGGAUCCCUGAAAGCCAACGUUCCCGGCAGAGCUGGCCAGCCCAGUGUGCCCAAAAAGCUUCUCUCACAGCCAGGCUCUCCAUCUCCUCCAUCUCCAUCCCACAUGGAACUUGAACAGCAGAACUCAUCUUUCUUUGCUGCUGGUCCACCACUGCCUCUCCCUGCAUCCUCUGUGUUGAUGAAAGAACCACCAGGUUACGAAGAGGCUGUGAAGCAACAACCAAAGCCAGCUGAGGAGAAUGGCUGUUCAAGUCAGCAGAUGGAUGACUUGUUUGACAUUUUAAUUGAACAUGGAGAGAUUUCCGCUCAAUUUAAGCAGCAGUCUUCACCAUCAAGGAAAGACACCACUGUUUCUCCAGGAUGCCCUUCUCCGUCCAACAGCCACCAUUCCUCAGAACUCCCCCUGCAGAUAUCUCUGGGCCACUCUAGUUCUGUUAACCCUUCCCCAGCAGGCAGGCUGGAAGACUUCUUGGAGAGCAGCACUGGUCUCCCCUUGCUGACAGCUGGCCCUGAUGGACCUGAGCCUCUGUCUCUCAUUGACCUCUACAGUGACAUGCUAAGCAGUUCAGCUAUCCUGGACCAUCCAUCUUCACCUAUGGACACAUCAGAAUUGCACUUUGCCCCUGAGCCCACUGGGGGACCAAGUUUAGACUUGGCUGAGGCUAAUUUGGACAGCAUGGAUUGGUUGGAGCUGCCUGGAGGGCCAGUGAUGAGCCUCACCCCCCUCAGUACUGCAACUCCUAGCCUCUUUUCCACAGACUUCCUCGAGGGACAUGAUCUGCAGCUGCACUGGGAUUCUUGCUUAUAGCUCUCUAAGCAUGCAGACUGAAGGGAGCAGUCCGGGUGGGUGUAGUAUAUGGGUGGGAGCUUAAGUGAAAGUGUCAGUCAAUCUUAAGAUCCCCAAAUGUCAACCUGCUUUUGUGAAGUUAGACAACCAGGGGAAAUCAUCCAGUAAUGUCUUCUGAUGGUUCAACCUCUGGCAAGCUACUGCCAUUUUCAAGGCCUGUGGUGAGGCGAGACAUGGCCCCUUCCCUCCAGUGCUCCCUAGUGUGGCCACCCCAGGUUGUUGAAGGUAUUAAGCACGAUGUGCUACUUCUUCUUUACAUUAAGUGAUGUGGCCAGGGUGGGAACUUAGUUCAAGGCAAGGCACCCAUAACAGAUUGGAAGAAACUUGAGAAGCCAGUGUUCCUUUCUGGGCUUGAGUUUGCCUAGUUAGGAAGAAUUUUUUAAAAAUAUGGCAAAUGUUAAUUUGAUUAUUUUAUAAGGAAGGUUUCCUUAGGUUUAGAAGAUGGCAUGUGCUUCUGGGAGAGGAAAGGGAAGCAUACAGGACUGAGGAGUCUACUGCCCUUAGUUAUAUGAUUGGGCAUGUGAUUCAAAGAGCCUUUUCCUACUAAUGCUAUAGUAUAGGUGCUUUUUUUGCCCAAGUUCUGUGCCAGAGCCCAGGUAACGGCCAUUGUCCCUCAGCUUGCAGAGUGAGUCCUGCGUGCAGUCAUUCCCCUGGCAUGGCCCAACUAAGAGCAGCCUGCCAAGAUGAGCUGUUAUCCAGCUGGCAUAAAUUCUCUCAUGUCCCAGGCAGUGAGUGGGCUUUCCUCUGUGAAUCAGACCAAGCCAGCUGCAUUGAGGAAAUGUCAUUCACAUCCUGCAGCAAUCGCUCUACUCCCUUUUCUUGGUAGCUCCAUUUGUGAAGCCUAGUCAGCUAGAACUUGCAGCUGGAGUUCAUGAAUGUUUUGACCUUUUUUGUGGUUUGACCUGUGUCAGCAUAAACAAUCUGUAGCAGCUUGCCUACACUUUGCAGUUCCUGUUGCUUUUGCUGUUCAUUGAUUUAAGUACCCCCCCCAAGGAUUUUUGUGUAUGAAAGUGGUGCUGCUGCUGUUCUAGAGGCUUGUGUCGGGGAAGUCUGUAUGCUCUGUGUAGAGGCUGUUGUGGAUGUAUUUCUUCUUGGAAGAAGUCAGCUCACAGCUGCUCUCAGAAGCACUAAAAACACACACAUCCUAAAAUAGAACCUUGGUCAGAGCAUGAAUGCCAACUUCCUAUCAGAGGCAGGGGCCCUUUUGACUCUGCUUGCCAAGGAGCUAGUGCUUGCUUUGAGCUGCAUGACUGACAUCUGUCAUUGCUCAGAGGAAAGGAAAUGUCUUGUAGCCAUAGUCUUUGCUGCUGUGAAUGGUUCUGAACCACAGUCUUGCCUCUUGGUAUCUGAUUUCAUUUCUAGCUGGUAAAAUAUCUGUAUAUAGCCCUGUAAAACUGCUUGUUUUGGAAAGCAAAUGACCAUAACUCACCUAAUUAGAAAGUGUAACUUUCCUUGAGCUCCUUCUAGGUGAUAAAACUCUUUUAGGAGCCAAUAUUUCUAGCCUGUGGUUUGGUGGGAAGGAGGAUUCUGUCCUUGAACUACCGUUUUUCGCCUUAUUGCACAUGUCACUCAAAGGAAAUCAUAUUACUUAUUUAGUCAAUCCCCUCUCAUUAAAAAUACAUUGGUAAUGCAUUUUCAGGCACUGAUGUCCCUCUCUGUGGCAUAACAGAGUUGGACUCCUAGUUUCACAGGAGUCCAGAAAGCCCUUCUAUAUUUCGCUCAUGCUGUAGAGACUAUAUCUUGUUUCUCUAAUAUAAUGUAGGGGCUUGGAAAUGAGGUUGCAGUUAGUAGAGGCCAACUGCAUGUAAAGUGUAUUUCUUCCAGUAAAAAUCCCUGUUUAGGUAUCGGCUCAGAACAGUGGCUGAAGGCCCUGUAUUAAUCUUUGUAUUCUCUUAAUGCCCUCUUAUUGUUUAUCAUGUCACUCAGUCUGUGGCUAGUUGGGAAAUUGGUUAGGCUUAUGUGACUAUUCGUGGUAUAGACAACCUUGCAAGGCAAGCCUUCCCAUAUAAAUAGAACAUCUUUGUUCCCACUAAGUAGUAAAUGUAUUUACACUUCUUAAAUACUCCUGGGCCAAGUAAAGGUCUCUUUGGUGGUGGCAGCAGGUGGUAUUUGUGCAGAAUGGUGCUCUCUCAACAGCAACCUGGCUUUGAGAAGGUAAGCGUGUUUUUCUCUAGUCUAAAAUGAAUUAUAGAAAUAAGGCAAAGUUUAAUUGCAACAUGUUAAAUUUAGCUUCAAAGAGUAGCAGGGCUUGUUUGGAAUAUUGCUCAGCUUUCACAGAACAGGAAACUUAAGAUGCUAGCAGUUUUUUUUAAUAUACGAAAUUGGUGGCUCUGAGCUUUAAAAAAAAAAAAUUCUCCUAUUAUGCCCCCAGCUAAAUCACCAUCCUAAGGAUCUGCCUGUAGUUUGAAUGUACUUGCUCUUCUGCUGAUAACCACUCCUUGUAUUUGAUUUAGCACGCACACUUUCCUCCACUAUGCAUCAAUGAAUGGGUUAUCAGCACAGGCAAGCAGGCUUCGGCAGUGCUGCAGUAUUGGACCUAGAAUAAACACGCAACUGGAAAAGGGCAUGGAAGGAGCAGUUACUGGGAAAAGAGUGGACAAAUCAAAUUAUUUUUUCAGUUACAGAUAUUUGAAAAAAAUCAAUUUUAUUAAAAAAAAUUGUGUCCUA